AGAACUGGGGGAAGGCGGGGUGAGCUGCAGCGGCGCCUCCUCCGGCCUCUGCAAUACUCGCAGCUCCGGGAAUUCCCCGGCCGGCGGCUCGGGCUUUCCCGGCCCAGCUGCGCAUAAAAAGGGUGCCCGGUUCGGUAGCCUCAGAGCUCGGACCUCAGCGCCACAGCCCGUUCGCCGUUCUCGCCGCUGUCCCCGCCUGUCUCCGCAGUCCUCGCCGCCGUCCCCACCGCUUUCCAAGCCGUCUUCGCCGCUGUCCGGGUCGUCUUCCCCGCUGUCCCUGUCGCCUUCUCAGCCUUCUCCGCGGUCCUCGCCACCUUCUCUGCGCCCAUGGCCCGCGCUGUCCCCCGCACACCCCGGCUCCUGCGGGCCGCGCUGCUGCUCCUGCUCCUGGUCGCCGCCGGCCGCCGCGCAGCAGGAGCGCCCGUGGUCGCCGAGCUGCGCUGCCAAUGCCUGCAGACCAUGCAGGGCAUUCACCUCAGGAACAUCCAGAGUGUGAAGAUGACGCCCCCGGGCCCCCACUGCGCCCAGACCGAAGUCGUAGCCCAGCUCAAGAACGGGCAGGAGGCUUGUCUCAACCCCGCGGCCCCCAUGGUCAAGAAGAUCAUUGAGAAGAUGCUGGACAGGCGCAGCAGCCGCUGACCUGCAGGGAAGGAAGGCAGCGGGCAGCUCUCUGGGGGCCAAGUCCUGCAGGGCCAUCCCUGCCCUCAGGAGAGGAGAGCACGAAAUGAAGUGACAGCGCCUGGUUUCCGCGGACACCUGGCAAGGGCUUAAUGUAUUUGAUGAUUUCUGAUGAGAGUUCUAUUUAUGUAUGUAUUUAUUUAUUCAGAGCUUGUAUUUUAAUAUUUACAUGUUAUUAUUUAAAACUGUGACUGUGUUUCAUCAAACACGGCUCAGUCCUGAUUGUGAUUUAAUGUGAAGAGGAUAGCGGUGCAAAGUCUCACUAAACUCAGUUAGUGGGGGGCCUCCAGGGUCAGCCACGGUGCUGCAUGUGUUGGGGAGUGGGGUCCCAGCAACUUGUGAGGUCACCCUCAGGGUAAGGAAUGUGGCUAUUUUAUACUUUUCUAAGAAUGUCAGUUGUUAUUUAUUGAAAUCAUCUCAUGUUACGUGGUCAGCAUUUUUAUGUUGAAGCUUCCCUUGGACAUGUUAUGUCUUUCUGGUAGGGCACACUGCCUUGUUCAACACUCCUUAGGGAAUGUCUCUCUGCCUUGCAGAGAGAAGUUACAUUGACUGUUAUGUUUUUACAGUUGAUAUGAAAAUAAAAGAUGUUUUAUAACACGCUAA